GUCACUUCCGGUGACAGGAAAGCCGGCGGCUGGCUCCGGUGGUCGCGCGCGAGGGACGGAGACACAGAGAGACGGACCCGGCCGCGGAUCCCGGUCCCCCCCGCCCCGCCAUGGCCUCCCUGCUCAAGGUGGACCCGGAAGUGAAGCUCAAGGUUGACUCUUUCAGGGAGCGGAUCACUGGUGAAGCUGAGGACCUGGUAGCAAAUUUUUUCCCAAAGAAGCUUUUAGAACUUGAUGCUUUCCUCAAGGAUCCUAUUCUGAACAUUCAUGAUCUCACCCAAAUCCACUCAGACAUGAACCUUCCUGUUCCUGACCCAAUUUUGCUCACAAACAGCCAUGAUGUUCUGGAUGGGCCCAAUAUGAAAAAGAGAAAGCUGGAGGACUGUGAAGAGACUUUCCAGGGCACCAAAGUCUUUGUCAUGCCCAACGGGAUGCUGAAGAGCAACCAGCAGCUUGUGGAUAUAAUUGAGAAGGUGAAACCUGAGAUCCGGCUACUGAUUGAGAAGUGCAACACGGUCAAAAUGUGGGUACAGCUGCUGAUUCCCAGAAUAGAGGAUGGCAACAACUUUGGUGUUUCAAUUCAGGAAGAGACUGUGGCUGAACUCCGGACUGUGGAGAGUGAGGCAGCCUCAUACCUGGAUCAGAUCUCUAGAUACUACAUAACACGGGCAAAGCUGGUCUCUAAGAUUGCAAAAUACCCCCAUGUGGAAGAUUAUCGCCGCACAGUGACCGAGAUGGAUGAAAAGGAAUACAUCAGUCUGCGGCUCAUCAUUUCAGAACUGAGAAAUCAAUAUGUGACUCUGCAUGACAUGAUCCUGAAGAACAUUGAGAAGAUCAAGCGACCUCGAAGCAGCAAUGCAGAAACUCUGUACUGAGCAUGUCGACAUUCUGAACUUACAAACUGUUCAGUAGGCUCAAGACAGUCUUUGCCUUGGUUUGUUAUGUGACUGUUGAGAUGGGGAAGCUGGCUGGAAACAGUCCUUACCACACUUUUAGUUAAGUCUAAAGAAACUCUCUCCUAGCUCUCUCUGGCUGGUUUUUAUUUUGGUCUUGGGGUUUGCACCCAUCUCAAACAUCCAGAAGGCAUGGGGCAGAGGUUUUCUUCUUGCUCGGGUGGGAGAGGGAUGAGUGGUCCGCCUGUUCCAAGCAGUUCUUACCCUGAUGCCAACAGCCCUGAGUGACCGUACGCUGUCGUAGCCCAGCGGAACACUCCCUCUCAGGGGGGUUGACCCCUUAAUCUGGUCAAGAGCAGCAUUGAGUCAAGUGCCACAAAGAGCUCAUUUGUUAUUCUUUGCUCCAGCCAUGGCAGUCUUCCCUUGGGAAAUGUAGUCUUGGGAAGGAAACGAGGAGUGCCCUUCUCAUUUCACCUGGCUGCAUCCCUCGUUGUGACCUGUCCAAUCAUGCAGAUUCUAAUACUACUGUAAAGUUCUCUCUCUUCCUCUCAUCCUCCCCCACUCACUGUUUUGAAUCCACAUCAAUCUCUUCAGAGUUACGCACUUGAGUAGUUUUUCCCCCUUGUCUCUGGUGCCUGCCUACCUGUCCCUAGUGAGGUGGGCAUUCCCUGGGUGUCUGGUAAGGGGCAGACAGGCCUGCUCAAGCAGUUAGCCCAGCAGAAUUUGGUUUGCAAAUAGUGGAGUAAUGUAGCUGAUCAAAGCACUGGCGAUUCAGAGUCUGUCAUCUUAUCCCCCUUGCUCCCUUCAGUGUGCCCAGCAGGGGUUCCUGAAGUGGGCUUUUCUAGCUUUCAGGGCAGCCCUGGGAAGUUUCUUGGCUCCCCAUGUCUGUUUGUGUCCUGCUAGAGUCCUUGAGCCCCCCCCCCUUUUUUCCUGGUCUUCAGGAAAGCUGGGAGGAGGUGCCAACUCACUGAGCUGGAGCAGCUUCCCUUGAAAUUUUCUCCCUAAUCUUUACAUCCCUUUUGUGGUGUUAGGUUUGUAAAAACAGCGGCAGGCCCCAUGAAAUUCUUCAGCCCCUCUCCCUUGGGUUGCUUUUGGUCUCUCCUGUUAAAAUCCUUUCAGCUCCCAAGGGCACAAGAAGCUCCUGCUCCCCCCCCCCCCACUCCUUCUGCACUCUUCUUACCAAUGCCUUGGUGUCAUUUUGGCCGUGGUCUUCCCUGAAGUAAAGUCUUGGUUUCAAGUGCCCUCCUCAGAGCCGCUGCCUGAGAGCAGCCCGCCCCGCCCCUCCCCUCCCCUCCUUCGUACAAGUUGCUUUGUUGGAUUGUUCCUGUGUCCUUGCCACAUUGAACGUAUGUACAACUUUUACUGUGUCGACAAUUAAAGGUAAUAGGUACUUUGAA